UGACCUAUACUGUUUCCACUAUGAAGCAGCCAUUACAUCAACUGCCGCUAAGGAGCCAACGGAUGCGUCGACCACCCGCCGCACCAGUCCGACCGAGCUUAUUCGGUAUAUCCAUGAGAAUGGUAUGCAAGCUGGUAUAGCUAUCAAGCCAGAUACUCCAGUGGAUGUGUUGUGGGAUAUACUUGAACAGGACGACCCCUUGGAUAGACCUGAUAUGGUGCUCGUUAUGACUGUGCACCCCGGCUUCGGCGGGCAGAAGUUCAUGGCUUCAGAAUUACCCAAAGUAAAUGCUCUGCGAGUCAAGUAUCCCCAUCUUAAUAUUGAAGUCGAUGGAGGCCUCGGAGAGGACACCGUGGAACAGGCGGCGGAGGCUGGGGCCAACGUGAUUGUUGCUGGGUCGGCUGUAUUUGGCGCUCAGGAUCCUGCUCAAGCAAUUGCAAUGCUCAGAGAAGCCGUCGAGAAACGGAGAAAAUGAAAAACAAUAAAAAACAAAAAAUGGGAAAAGGAAAGGGAAAUAAAAUGGCAGUUAAGGAGGUUUCCGUUGUGCGGUUUGUAAAAGGGUCGACAUAUCAAAGAAACCGCAUUAUACAAGGCGUCACUGAGAAGCUGAUGGUGUAUCAUUCCCUCACACACAAUUGUUCUAGGUGGUUUUGUUUCAUAGAAAUGGAAGGGAUCAACCUUUAGAGCUUUCAGUGCUUGUGUUCUUCUCACUUAGGGGACCAAUGUACCUUCUGUUAUAACAAAUAAUACCACGCAAUUAAACUACAU